GAGCAUGAGAGAAUACACACAGGGGAGAAGCGAGAUAAACCUUUCCAAUGCUCCCAGUGUGGAAAGAGUUUUUCACAGUUAGGGAGCCUACAAAUACAUGAGAGAAUACACACAGGAGAGAAGCCUCAUCACUGCUCCCGGUGUGGAAAGAGUUUUACCCGGAAAGAGUACCUGAUACACAAGUUUACGCGCUGUAUCCCGGGUGGCGCCAUAACUCUACACAAAUGCAUUUCAUUUCCGCCGGAAGUUGUUUGCACAACGUCUGCCGGUGUAAACACAGCGAUGUCGACGCUAGCUUGGGAACACGGUUCUACUACUUUGACUGGAGAUGGCGCUACUCUCCUCCACCCGAAUUCAGUGCAGAACUGGGAGGAUAACAUGACGACGUGGCCCAACUUAACGUACAGCAAGAUUUGCUCCUACUUCGUGCAAUCCAUGGCAAUAGAUGGAAAAGCAAUGGACAAUCUGAAAGCCUCCGAGGCAUAUCAAUAUCUGCACAGCAACAAAGUCGGUUGUGUCAUGUCAUACAAACAUGAUCGUUUUGUUUAUCUGAAAGCAAAUGUAGAGCCUAGCCAGUGUUUGAACAAUGCAUGGCAUAAUGCUUGGGUGCUGGUAACUGAAGCUGGAGAAGUCAAAACUGCGGGAUGUACGUGUGUUGCUGGACCAGGGAGAUCUUGUUCCCACUCAGCUGCGAUCCUGUGGAAGGUAGAAAAUGCUGUGAGACGGGGGAAAACCGGGCGUGCCUGCACAGACGGACAGAACCAGUGGAAUGCUGGGUCUAAAAGAAAUGCUGGUCAGAGGAAGAUGAAGUAUGUCCGCUUCAAACGACACAACAGGAAGGAUCUCUACCAGCCGCCACCAACUUCACCGCCAUCCUCUACCACUCCAGAACCGGCACAGGAGGUGACACUCUUUAGGACUCAUGAAGAGUGGAGGAAGAACGCACUUGCCUCACCAAUGGCAGCACUUUUCAAUUGCCCUGGGAAUAGCCUCCUGCAGCUCUGCUUUAAUGCUAAUACCUCCUCCAUCACCGAGCCAACACCAUGUCCACACCUCCACCUCCUAAACCAUGAUGAGCACUGUUAUGCUAUAGCAGCAUUUAUGAUGUAGACUAAGGCACACGCAGGCAGGCAGGCACACACACACACACACACACACAA